AUGGCUUCCUCCAAACAACUCCACCAUUCCCUUUCCUCCUCCACUAAAUCUCACCGGCGAAAAUCCCCAAUCCGCUGCUUCUGCCUCCUAAUCGUCGCCAUGUCCUCCAUUAUCCUCCUCCUCUUCUCUCUCUUCCUCUUCACCUCUCCCUCCUCCUCUUCUCGUCACCACCACCGCCACAAUUCCCGCCAAUCACCCUCCGACUCUUCUCCGGUCAACCCCUCGACGCCUCCGGCCGCUCAGAUCCGUCUCGCCUGCAACGCCACUCGUUACCCAGACCAAUGCGUCUCUUCCCUAUCCGCACCGGGUCGGGUCCCUCCGAAUCCGAACCCAUCUCAGAUCAUCCACUCAGCGAUCUCCGUCUCUUUCGAAAACCUCAAAACCGCCCAAUCAAAAGUCAAGUCUAUCCUAGACUCCUCCGUCGGGAAUCUCAACCGCACCAACGCCGCGAACACGUGUCUCCAGGUGCUCACUUACUCCGAGCACCGCACCCAAUCGACGGAUCAGGCGCUGACACACGGCAGAAUCAAAGACGCUCGCGCUUGGAUGAGCGCAGCUCUCGUGUACCAGUACGAUUCAUGGUCCGCGCUCAAGUACGUCAACGACACGAAGCAAGUCGACGAAACGAUGGCGUUUCUCGACGGGCUUAUCCACGUCACCAGCAACGCGCUUAGCAUGAUGGUCUCGUACGAUAAUUUCGGAGAUAACGUCGCGUCGUGGCAACACCCGGCAACCGAACGUGACGGGUUCUGGGAGAAGACUGGGCCGGGUCUGGGCUCGGAUCCGAGUAAUGGGCCUAAUUUGGGUUUCCCAACCGGUUUGAAAGAAGACGUUACGGUGUGUGAAGACGGGAAAUGUAGUUACAAGACGGUGCAGGAAGCCGUUGACGCGGCUCCGGAGGAUAACGGAAUGCGUAAGUUUGUUAUUAAGAUUAGCGAAGGAGUGUAUGAGGAGACCGUUAGGAUUCCGUUUGAGAAGAAGAACGUCGUUUUCAUCGGAGACGGUAUGGGCAAAACGGUCAUUACUGGCUCGUUGAACGCCGGAAUGCCUGGGAUCACCACCUACAACACUGCAACUGUCGGAGUGGUGGGAGAUGGAUUCAUGGCUCGUGAUAUAACGUUCCAAAACACGGCGGGACCAGACGCGCACCAAGCGGUGGCGUUCAGAUCCGACAGCGACUUUUCUCUGCUGGAGAACUGUGAGUUCCUUGGGAACCAAGACACACUCUAUGCACAUGGCCUCCGUCAGUUCUACAGAAAAUGCCGUAUCCAAGGGAACGUUGACUUCAUCUUUGGCAAUUCAGCUUCCGUCUUCCAAGAUUGCGAAAUCCUAAUCGCACCGCGUCAAGUUAAUCCCGAGAAGGGAGAGAAAAACGCAGUCACGGCCCAAGGAAGAGUCGACCCGUCUCAGUCCACUGGAUUCGUGUUCUUGAACUGUUUGAUUAACGGAACAGAGGAGUACAUGAAGCUGUAUCAAGCUAGCCCUAAGGUGCAUAAGAACUUCUUGGGGAGGCCAUGGAAAGAAUACUCGAGGACUGUGUUUAUAGGCUGCAAUUUCGAGGCUUUGGUUAAUCCUGAUGGAUGGUUACCGUGGACCGGGGAUUUCGCGCUCAAGACGCUGUAUUACGGUGAAUCAAAGAACACCGGUCCGGGAUCAGAUAGGUCACAAAGAGUGUCAUGGAGCAGUGAGAUACCAGAAGAGCAUGUUCAUGUGUAUUCACUAGCUAAUUUCAUUCAGGCUGAUGAGUGGGCUUUGGUGUCAAGCUGA